AGGAAGAAGCUAAUGUCACUGUUAAAGAUGGAGGCAUUUGCGUGGCGGCGUUAGCAGACAAAUGAGGGCCUGAAAGGAUCUGCGUUAUACUCUGAAUGAACGGUGUGCUACGCUAAAUCUGGACGAUUACUGACUCCUAGUAGGGAGGGGAUCUGCACAGUGAUCUUCUGCGCGGAGCUCCGAGCGCUGUGAGCUCAGGUCGUCUCUGCAGGCCUGGGACUGCACUGACAAGGAAAAAUAGAGAUAUGUGCAAAAUCUGUUUUUUGGGGAUGCAGCACAGCUGAGAAGAAGCAGGAAAAGGUUGCCAUCUUUUGUCAGUGAGCAGGGAAAAUGAGUUGUUCAGAAGAGGUGAGCUCAAAAAGAAAUCAACAUGUUUCAGGAUACAUGGGCAACAAACUGAAACCAUCAGAUCCAGACAGAAGCAGACCUCACCAGUGUCUGACCUGUGGGAAAUGUUUCAGUCGGAUCUGUAGUCUAAGAAGACACGAACUGAGUCACACAUCAGAGGAACUAUACCACUGUGAACAGUGUGGCAGCAGUUUUAGCCAGUUAAAUGCUUACAAGAUACACCUGUAUACUCACCCUGAAGAAACCUCAUACUGCUGCAACAAGUGUGGUAGAGAUUUCAGUGACCAGAGUUCCUACAGACAGCACCUUCGCGACCACACCGGACCGUAUCAGUGUGAGCAGUGUGAAAAGAGUUUCAGUUACUUAAGUAUUUACAAAAUACACAUGCGUGUCCAUACUAAAGAAAAACCAUACUGCUGUGACCAGUGCCCCAAGAGUUUUAGCUUUUUAAGCUCAUACAAGCGGCACCAGCUGAGCCACAGUGGAGAGAAACCUUACCAGUGUGAUUUUUGUGGAAAAAGUUUCACUCAGUCAGGCCAUUUCAGUCUUCAUCUGCGGAACCAUACCGGAGAGAAACCAUAUGAGUGUGGCCAAUGUGAAAAGAGCUUCAGUGAUUUAAGUAGUUACAAGAUACACCAGCGUGUCCACACAGGUGAGAAACCAUACUGCUGUGACCAGUGUGGCAGGAGUUUUUCUCAGCUGGGUAAUUAUAAAUCACAUUUACGCAUACAUACGGGAGAAAAACCAUUCCAGUGUGAAUUAUGCAAGAAAAGCUUCUCUAUUUCAAAAACAUACAAGCAACAUAUUCACACUCAUACGGGAGAGAAACCCUAUAAUUGUAAAGAAUGCGGAAAGAGUUUUGGUCGUCUAAGCAACUAUAUUCGCCACCUCCGCAUCCACACUGGAGAGCAGCCAUUCAGCUGUGACCAGUGUGGGAAAUGUUUCAAUAGCUCAUACAGUUACAACCGCCACUUACGUGUUCACACUGGAGAGAAGCCAUACUGGUGUUCACAGUGCAAGAGACUGUUCACUCGGUCACAGUCCUUAAAGACUCAUCGCUGCACUAUAAUACAUGAUGAUGACAAGAGAGAGAGUGAGGUGAGCUGCUCCUCGACCAAGUCCAACCUACAGAAACAGGUGACAAACUAAUGUACAUGUCAAAUGAACAUGUGUGACAUGAUGAAAACAUCUAGACCAGGGGUCUGCAACCUUUAACACCCAAAGAGCCAAUUGGACCCGGUUUCCACGCAAAAGAAAACACUGGGAGCCGCAAAUACUUUUUGAAAUCUAAAAUGAAGAUAACACU